UCGUGUGUCAACAUCAUCAUCAUCAUCAUCUCUUAGUUGGCUUGGCUUGGCUUGUUCAUAUAUAUGAACAAAUAAAUAUACAGAGAGAGACUUAAGCCUUAGAAAGAUGAGUUGGUGGUGGGCAGGAGCAAUCGGAGCUGCAAAGAAAAAAUUCGAUGAAGAAGAUGACGCCGCGUCUCUUAAAUAUCAAAGCGUCGCUCUGAUCAUCGGCGUCACAGGUAUAGUCGGAAACAGCCUCGCCGAGAUCCUCCCCCUUUCAGAUACCCCCGGCGGUCCUUGGAAGGUCUACGGCGUCGCACGCCGUCCCCGUCCUUCCUGGAAUGCAGAUUUCCCCGUCGAUUAUAUCCAAUGCGAUAUCCUCGACGCCAACGAUACCGUUUCCAAGCUCUCUCCGAUUGCUGCCGAGAUUACACAUAUUUUCUAUGCAGCAUGGACCAGCCGAUCUACGGAGGUAGAGAAUUGCUCCUUUAACGGCGCUAUGUUUCGGAAUGUUCUAAACGCUUUGAUUCCGAACGCACCGAAUCUUCGUCAUAUCUGUUUACAGACAGGACGGAAACAUUACUCUGGACCUUUCGAAUUAUGGUGGAAAAUGCAGUUUCACGAUCCACCGCAUCAUGAAGAACUUCCUCGAUUAGAUUGUCCUUGUUUCUAUUACACACAAGAAGAUAUUCUUUUCGAGGAAUGUUCCAAAUCUGAUGGUCGAAUCACAUGGUCGGUUCAUCGGCCAGGAUUAAUCUUCGGUUUCUCUCCUUACAGCUUGAUGAACGUGAUCGGUUCUCUCUGCGUUUACGCAACAAUCUGUAAGCACGAGGGUCUUCCGUUGAGGUUUCCUGGAUCAAAGGAAGCAUGGGAUGGUUAUUUCGAUUCAUCUGAUGCAGAUUUGAUAGCUGAGCAUCAGAUUUGGGCGUCUGUUGAUCCUAAUGCGAAAAAUGAAGCAUUCAAUAUCAGUAAUGGAGAUGUAUUCAAAUGGAAACAUUUCUGGAAGAUCCUGGCUGAACAGUUUGGUGUUGAAGAAGUAGAAUUUGAGGAAGGAGGAGGAUUUAGCUUGGUGGAAGCCAUGAAAGGGAAGGAAAGAGUAUGGGAAGAGAUUGUGAAAGAGAAAGAACUGGUUGAAACGAAGCUGAAUGAGGUGGGGAAUUGGGCUAUCAUUGAUUUGAUUUUCAGAGGACCACACCCACUAGAUUGUAUGAACAAGAGCAAAGAACAUGGGUUUUUGGGUUUCAGGAAUAGUAAGAAUUCUUUCAUCAGUUGGAUUGAUAAGAUGAAAGCUUACAAGAUUGUGCCUUGAAUAUUGAUCAUCCAUCCAUUCAAAAGACUGUGAGUUCUUGUUUGUUAAUGUUGUUUUUGUAUGUGAAAUCAAAAUAAUCAGACAUUAUUGCAAUUUACAAUAAACAUGUUUAAUUUUCUUAAUAUUGUUUGGGGUGAAUCCCCUAAACUAUGUAAUUGUCUAGAUAUUGCUUUAUUUAUGAUUGAACAUGCAUUGUUUUGUUUCA